AUGAACGGGGCUAUGCGCGAUCUCACGGACUUGAUUUGGAAACGAGGGGGAUUCCGGUUCACCCACAUGGGAACGAAUUUCCAAAGUUGCACAUACCAGUACCACUGCUCUCAGGAUCUGAUGCGUGCUAAAAGCUAUCGACCUAUGGUAGAGGUCGGGAAGCAGCGGGAUGGCCGCCGUAUGACGCGAUUUCCAUGCCAAAGCAAGCUCACUAUACGGCCAUGCUUACAAAAUCGAACCAUGUCCCUUUCGAUCCAUCACCAAUGGCAUGCACCUUAUGAGGACAUCGAACUUUCACCAGUUGUGCAAGACCUUAUCAAUUCACCUGUAUCGACCAAAACUCCAUCCGAAAUAUACCGCGAGAUUCGACAGAUUCCGGAAGGAAAACCAGUGACUAGACAUCAAGUCUACUAUCUCUGGCAGAAAGCGAACGCGGAAAUCUGGCAGCGAGACCUAGACCCCUUCAUUUCGGCUACCAUGCUUCUUUCUGAAAACAGUCACUAUCGCGAGCACCACGAUAUCUUCACGGCAGGAAACCUGAGGGCAUUGGGGUUUUUCGCGUCCGAACCUAUCCAGAAGCUUCGCAAUACAGCCCCACAAUUGGUGAUGGACUCGACAUUUGGAACUAACAGUGGCGGGAUGGAUCUAUUCGCGGUAUUAGCUGAAGUUGAAGGUACUGGUGUUCCGCUUGCAUAUUGUCUGGUCGAGCUGCUAAAGCCCCCGCAGGCCAAUUUAGCCGAGGGGAAACCCGUCCGUGCGGAUCCUGGGGCGAUGACAUACAUUAUUCAACAAUUUCUGGAGCGACUGAAAAUUUUCGGAUUCAAUCCGAGAUGCGUCGCGGUUGAUAAGGAUCCUUCCGAACUUGCAGCGGUCACCACCGUAUGGCCUGGGGUCAAAGUUCAGCUUUGCUACUGGCAUGUCAAGCGGGCCGUAGGUACGAAACUCAAUUCGUCCAAAAGCACCAACACCCAAAAUCAUUACCGGCCCGAGGAGGCUCAAAAGCUGAUUCCAGACUUGGAGAUCUGCUGGGGUUCGCUACCGGUCCGCCGACCGGUGAGCCAUAGAUUUGGCGAUUGCUCAUGCCCGUCAAAGGGUGAGAAAAUCAGUGAAAUGGGGAGACUUGAGCACGCCACGAAGGAGGACCGUGACACGGUUCUGGAGAUUUUCUGCCGACAUUUUAACCUCCAUCCUCUUAUCCCUGAUUCUAACGGCACUUACAAGUGCUCGACAACUUUGCAUCGUGAAUGUGCGGCAGAGAUACAUACCUGGUGUAAGGCCCGAGGGUAUUACCGGCUUUGGGCUUAUCUGUAUGUCAACUGGUACUGCCCUAACCAGUGGAAGUUGUGGGCACGGGCUGCUGACUCUACUGAGAUCCCGGUGGUGAAGACAACAAUAAUCGUGGAGUCGCAUUGGCGAACACUGAAGCACGACUAUCUUCAUCGAUUCAAUCGGCCGCGAGUUGACCUGGUGGUGUGGGUCUUGGCAUCGCGAGUUCUCCCAGAUGCUAUCCAUCGAAUGAAAGCUAUUUCCAGUGGGCAGUUCCGCAUAUUCAAAGCUCGAUGGAGAGAGGCAUUUAAGAAGCAGUGGCGAAGAGAGGCCUCUAAAACCGUCGACCCCGACAAGUUGAAGGAAUACCACACAAGUCCGGUCAACUGGGUUUGUUCAUGCAAAUCCUUCCUGCACAGUCGCUUCCUUAUCUGCAAACACAUUGUUCAUUGUUUUGAGUCCCCUAGUCCGGACUUUUUUGAAACUGUUAGUCGUCAGACGGUCUAUCCUUUCUGGAAAGAUGAACGAUUGGUUCUGCUACCUGAGUUUGCGUCGAGAGAGGGACUCCGCACUCGGAAGUUGCAUGGAAACAUCGAAAUGCAAGACACCACCCUCGCGUCACCAUUAGACUCCUCAGGAAGUGAGUCGGAGCAGGAUGAGGAGGAUGACCAAGAGGCUGUACCUCUGGAAAUCCAGGUCGCAGAAUUCAGAACAGUGAUGCAGGAAGCGAUAGAAAUUUUUGAGGAUCAAGUGGCGAAAGGAAAUGAGAAGUUUGUGGAAAGAUUCAUAGCAUCUAACCAGAUUAACCGUACUUUGGUGGAGGAAGUUAAGCACCGUCGUAAUAUGCGCAGUAUGCCACGGACUUGGGGAAGAUGCAAACACCCAGCGACAAUGUACUUCAAAUGA